AUGCUGGAGCGUGUGUUGAGCGUAUUCAUCUUCGUCCUUUACCUUUUCGAUACUGUGUUCGCUUCCCAAGAAGAGCACAACAAAGGAAAAGAUAACAUGUACAAGAGAAAAAUCAGUGCAGUCGGAAUCAAAGAUCGCGGAGUUCGUGUUGAGCAGUUUGCCGUCCCAUCCUAA